AUGGAUUUUCGUGUAAUAUCAUUGCCUUCAAUUCUUCUUCUAUUAGUUUUCAUCCCUAGAUUAAUCUCAGCCAUUCAAGUCUCUAACGAUGGACGAGCAAUUAUCAUCGACGGCCAGCAUCGUAUUCUCAUAUCCGGUUCCAUCCAUUAUCCACGCAGCACACCCGAGAUGUGGCCAGAUUUAAUUAAGAAGGCCAAAGAAGGAGGUUUGGAUGCAAUUGAGACUUACGUUUUUUGGAACGCACAUGAAGCCCGUCGUCGUCAAUAUGAUUUUUCCGAUAACCUUGAUCUUGUCAAAUUCAUUAAGACGGUUCAAUCCGAAGGACUUUACGCGUCCUUCGAAUUGGACCAUAUGUUUGCGCGGAAUGGAAUUACUGUUUGGUUGCACAAUUUGCCUGGUAUUGAGAUACGAACUGCCAAUACAGUCUUUAUGAAUGAAAUGCAAAAUUUCACCACAUUGAUAGUAGAACAGAUUGAAAACGAAUACGGAAACAUAAUGAACGGUUAUGGAGCGGCGGGCAAAUCAUACAUCGAUUGGUGCGCCAAGUUGGCGGUUUCACUGAACAUCGGGGUUCCAUGGAUCAUGUGUCAACAAUCCGACGCUCCCCAACCGAUGAUCGAUACAUGCAAUGGUUGGUAUUGCGAUUCAUUCACGCCAAACAACCCUAACAGCCCCAAAAUGUGGACGGAAAAUUGGACCGGAUGGUUUAAGAGUUGGGGCGGAAAGGAUCCCCAUAGAACCGCAGAGGAUUUGGCCUUCUCGGUCGCUAAGUUUUUCCAAUUUGGAGGAACAUUCCAAAACUAUUAUAUGUAUCAUGGAGGAACAAACUUUGAUAGAUCGGCUGGUGGACCUUAUAUUACCACGUCCUACGACUAUGAUGCACCCCUUGAUGAAUAUGGCAAUUUGAACCAACCGAAAUACGGGCACUUGACAAAGCUUCACAACACGUUGAAAUCAAUUGAAAGGACGCUAACGCUUGGAAAUAUUACGAACAUCGAUAGGGGGUCUAGCGUUAUGGUAACAACAUAUGCUACAAGUGAUCAAUCGAGUUGUUUCAUCAGCAAUAGUAACGAUAAGAAGGAUGCUAUUAUCGAUCUCAAUGGACAAAAAUUCAACGUUCCAGCGUGGUCGGUCUCUAUCCUCCCAGACUGCAAAACCGAAGCAUACAAUACUGCAAAGGUAAAUACACAAACAUCGGUGAUGGCAAAGAAGCAAAAUGAGGCUGAUGUUGAACCAAUGUCUUUAAAAUGGAUAUGGAGACCAGAGGUUGUAAAUGACACUGUUAAUUUGGGGCGGGGAUCGUAUCCUCUCUACCGUAUUAUUGAUCAAAAGAUUAUCAACGAUGUUAGUGAUUAUUUGUGGUACAUGACAAGUGUGGAUCUGGAAAAGAAUGAUCCAAUAUGGAAUGCAGACGAUCUACAAUUGAACAUAAACAUGACAGGGCAUGUACUCCAUGUUUUUGUGAAUGGAGAAUACUUGGGUUCCAAGUCGGCAUCAUAUGGAAUUUUCAAUUACGUUUUCAACAAGAAAGUGAGAUUAAAUCGUGGAAAGAACCAAAUCACCCUCCUAAGUGCUACCGUUGGGUUACAAAACUAUGGGGUUAAAUUUGACUUGAUUCAGAGUGGAGUAUCCGGUCCGGUUCAGAUAAUAGGAAUAAAUGGUGACACAACAAUAAUUAAAGACCUAUCUUCUCACAAAUGGGUCUACAAAAACGGUCUAACAGGCUUACACAACAAAUUUUAUGCCCCAAAUUCUAGGGCUUCUUUCAAAUAUUGGACCUCCGACAACCUUCCAGUUAACCGUAAACUUACAUGGUACAAGACAACCUUUAAAGCACCAUUGGGUGAGGACCGAAUUGCCCUUGAUUUGCAAGGGAUGGGAAAAGGUGUUGCUUGGGUUAAUGGUCAUAGUCUUGGAAGGUAUUGGCCGAGUUUUAUCGCUGAAGACGGUUGUAGUCUCGAGCCUUGCGAUUAUCGUGGUCGUUAUGAUAACAAUAAAUGCGUUAGUAAUUGUGGAAAACCAUCACAACAAUGGUACCAUGUCCCUCGUUCGUUCAUUAAUGGCGAUAAGAAUGAGCUUGUGCUUUUCGAGGAAUUUGGAGGCAACCCUUCGAAUGUUAACUUCCAAACGAUUAGUGUGGGGAAGGCAUGUGGCAAUGCAUACGAGAACAACUUGAUGGAAUUGUCUUGUUAUGGAAGUUUGAUAUCGGAUAUUAAAUUUGCAAGCUUUGGUAAUCCACGCGGUAAUUGUGGCGAUAGUUUUGUGGCAGGUGACUGUGAUGCCUCAAAUGGCACUGCUAUUUCCAUCCUUCACAAUGAAUGUGUUGGAAAGGAGAAGUGUUCCAUUAAAGCUUCGGAGGAUGUUUUUGGUCCCACAAAAUGUUCUGGUGAGAAGAGGCUUGUCGUGGAAGUUGUUUGCUAG